UGUGAUUAUCGCCGAGCAGAGGCUGCAGAGUGAAGCAGGUGCCGAACAUGGCGAGUCAGCCCGGAGCCGCUCUCCGCCUCUUUCUCCUGAUCAGUGGGCUCCGAGCCGGAUUACUCCAGCAAGGGAGAAGUUCCAGUCUGCAUGGGUCCUCAGAAAACUUUGCCUUACCUGAUCCUUUCUAUGAGCAACUUCAAAGCUCUGUAGAGCGCCAGAACCUGGAAACAGAAAAUGUGACAGUGGUGGAAGGAGAAGUUGCAACGAUCAGCUGUCGGGUCAAGAACAACGAUGACUCCGUAAUCCAGCUGCUUAAUCCAAACAGACAGACCAUCUACUUCCGAGACUUCAGGCCUCUGAAAGACGCACGGUUCCAGCUGGUGAACUUCUCCAGUAACGAGCUGAGGGUGUCGCUCACGAACGUGUCUAUCCAUGAUGAGGGGAGAUACUUCUGCCAGCUCUACACUGACCCCCCACAGGAGGCGUACACCACUAUUACAGUUCUUAUUCCACCAAACAACCUGGUCAUUGAUGUGCAGAAGGACACGUAUAUGGAAGGUGAAGAAGUAGAGAUGAACUGUACAGCUAUGGCCAGCAAACCAGCUGCAGUAAUACGCUGGUUCAAAGGAAAUCAAGAGAUAGAAGGUAGUAAGACAGAAGUGGAGGCCGUGGACAACAAGAUGUUCAGAGUGCGCAGCCAGAUAUCCGUCACCGUUCUCCGCGAAGAUGACGAAGUUCCUUUCGUGUGUAUGGUUGACCAUCCAGCUGUGAAGGAUCUGGAGACUCGGCAGUACAUUGAUGUGCAAUGUGAGUACCAGACAUUCGGUUGGUUGAAUGCAGAAGCCAGGAUUGUAAACCUUUAUCCCUUCACAGUCCCUCCUAACAUUGCAAAGAAGAAGAAGCCAGUAAAAAUGAAACCCUUGAGAAGCCAAGAUCCCCUAACCCAA